AUGGCUAGUACUCUACAAGAUUUCGAGGGUUGGGAGAUUGUAAAGAGGGACGAAAAUGGAAGUAUUCUGGAUGAUGAGUUUGGAGUAAGAAGAGUUCGCAGAAGAAAUGACAGAAGUUCCGGAAAGGAAUACGUGUCGAUAAAGCGUGUGAAAGACAAUAUGGAGUUUGGUUGUGGUGACUCAAUUGUCAUGCAGGACGCGGAAACAAAUUCAUAUUCCGCCUAUAUGGUUCAUGAGAUUAGACUGAACACGUUGAACCAUUGGGUUGAGAUCUGGGCAUUCGGAUACCUACAAAAGUUCGAACUGGAUGAAAGAGAGUAUCUCGAAGCGUGUGAAGAAAUUCCGGCAUCCAAAUUGCAAAAAAUGCCAGAUGCUCAGGUGGCAGCGUCUUUCGAAAAGAUCUGCAAUUCUAACGAGCUUUUCUUGACAGCAGAGCUCACCGAGCUUCUUCUGGUCGAUUUUGUGUGUAAAGCCAAAGUUUGUGAUACUGAAGAAUUCCCAGCCCAAAAAUUGAGUACCGCAAACGAUGACGAUACGAUUAAUCCUUUCCUCGUUCGUUUUGCUUGCGAGCCAACAGGGAUGUCUUUCAGAAAGAUCGAAAUUCAUGACGUGGAGCAAAAAGUGGCUCGUUGGGAUUCAAGAGAGUCGCACACAUUCCUCAAAGAACUGACGAUCGAGCCUGUUCAGGACAAGGGAAAGAAAAGGCUCACCCACACACUUAAAUCGCCUGAAGAUAAUAAAAGUGCGAAUCUCGACACAGCAGCAAAAAAAAACACCAACGAUGCCAUUGGUACCGGAAGUGCUAAAGAUGCUAAAGGUGCCAAAUCUGUCAAAGAUGCCGGAGGUACUAAAAAUGCUAAAAAUACUAAACGAUCCAAAGAUGCUGGGGAUGUCGACGAAGCCAAAGAUUCUUCAAGCUCUGAGGGCUCUGAGGGCUUUCAGGAUGCCUCAGAAGAUCUUGAUAUUUCCAAAAAACACGCACGCCAGGAGGUUUCAACCGAAAAGGCUCGUCUCGGUUCAGAUGGCUCCGAUAAAGACGAUUCCGCUCAAGGCGAAAGAAGCUCUGAAAGUCUUUCCGAUGAAGAAGAAGAAGAUGAUGAUGAUGAAGACGACGAGGAGUUCUUGGCUAGCGAUGACAAGGAAGUAGAUGCAGAUUCAGAAUCGCUAGAUAGCGACGAAGAGCUCGAGAUGGACUCCGACAAUGAUAAUAGUAAUUCCAGUCAGAAAGAGGAAGGAGAUUCAAGUUCCGACGAAAUUCCAGGAAAACGACCAAGGCCGCUUUACAGGAGCGCGUCUCGUGGCCCUCAAAAGCGCAAAGACCUAAAAAAACCAGCAGCCCCGUCUUCCUCUACCAAGAAGUCUCCUAAAAGUAGCACUUCAGGUCUCGGUGGUAUCAAGAAGUAUUCGAAGAAAAAUGUGUCGAGGGCCAAAAAGGCAUAUACUCCCUUUUCGAAGAGAUUCAAAAAGACUCAAGAUAUUCCAGACCUAACGGAAAUUGCAGAGUUCAAUCAAGACCAGAUUGACAUGGAUGUUGCUGCUAUCGAAAACAGACUGCGUAGUCCUAAAAAGCAGCACACUACGGAAACCAUCUUUUCUAAAGUGAAAAAACAACUUUACACUUCUCAUGGCAAAGAUGAAAUCAUGAAAGCUGGAAAUUUCGAUGACUAUUUGCCAGCCCGUGAAAAUGAGUUCGCUUCUAUCUAUUUGAGUCUGUACAGUGCCAUUGAGGCCGGGACAGGCACGACGGUUUAUGUGGCAGGAACUCCGGGUGUGGGGAAGACUUUGACUGUCAGAGAAGUUGUUAAAGAACUCUUGAAAUCGGUUGAACAAAAUGAGCUUCCAAAUUUCCAAUAUGCGGAGGUGAAUGGCUUGAAAAUGAUCAAACCCACAGACAGCUACGAGGUUUUGUGGAACAAGAUUUCAGGUGAGAGGCUGACGUCCGGUGCUGCCAUGGAAUCUCUGGAGUUUUAUUUCAACAAAGUGCCAAAAAAUAAGAAGAGACCUAUAUUGGUCCUACUCGAUGAGCUAGAUGCCUUGGUCACUAAGAGUCAGGACGUAAUGUACAACUUCUUCAAUUGGACUACAUAUGCCAAUGCCAAAUUGAUAGUUAUUGCGGUAGCCAAUACGAUGGAUUUACCAGAAAAGCAGUUGGGCAAUAAGGUUUCCUCCAGAAUUGGCUUCACAAGAAUUAUGUUCACUGGUUACACCCAUGAAGAACUCAAGACAAUUAUCAAUUUGAGACUCAAGGGGCUAAAUGGAAGUUAUUUCUACGUCGACGUGGCAAAUGGGAGCGCACGAAUAGUUUCCAAUGAAGACGAUAACCCAAGUCUCGUAACAAGUGGUAUGCGCAAGGUAAAGCUGAAGAUAGCGCCGGACGCCGUCGAAAUUGCAUCUAGGAAGAUAGCUAGUGUAAGCGGAGAUGCUCGGAGAGCACUCAAAGCGUGCAAAAGAGCGGUUGAGAUCGCAGAACAUGAAUACAUGGAGCGCCAUGGAUAUGGGUACGAUGGCGUUACACACAGCAAUAAUAGCAAACCCAACGGCGCUGGUUCCAUCUUGACCGAAGAUGAUGAAGUUCAAAGUGUUCAGAUUAAUCAUAUCAUGAAGGCGCUCAACGAAACGGUAAACUCUCCAGUGGUGUCAUUUAUGGCAAGCCUCCCGUUUACCACUAAACUGUUCCUAUAUGCUAUGAUCAAUCUAAUUAGGAAAACAGGAUGUCAGGAGCAGCCGUUAGGCGACAUCAUUGAUGAGAUCAAAUCCUCGAUUGAUGCGAAUGGUAAGAACAAGUUUAUUGUGGAAAUGCAAAGAGUUCUUUUCAAUCAAGACGAAGAACUGUCAUUAGAACAGCUGCGAAUUAUAUCUUGGGAGUUUUUGGUCAAUCAGCUCAUCGAAGCCGGCAUCGUCAUUCGGCAGAAUCUCAAAAACGAGCGUUUGAGUGCAGUCAAACUGAAUGUGUCGACCGAAGACGUCAAAUAUGCUCUUGACCAGGAUAAGGUCAUGAAAACGCUUUAA